AUGAACGACAGUACUACCACCGAGGUGCCCAACCCCCAUAACAAAACGCAAGCUGAGCUUUUGGAUCUUGUCAACGCCUAUGCUAAGAAGCAUGGUCCCCCCGCCGAGUCUUACGAUGGUGCGAAGAAUACGCUCUUCGGCUGGACGGACGACGGCAAUGGUGUCUGGGUUUUACCUGCCAACCAAGCCAAUUUUAAGCGCUUCGAGGAUAUCGCUGGAUCGCGGCCUCGUCUAAGUCAGUGUGAAAUUAUGGAGUUGGCUGGCGCAGAGUUCUUCGCGGAUUGGAAAGACUCUGACCGAGCGAGAGCAGUGAAGGAGGCUAGGCCACAGGCAACGGACGAGGACAAUGGAGCACGAGACCCGAUCAUGUAG